AUGUGUCUGACUCUCAUCGUCCACGAAGCUGAUAGUGACGUUCGCUUUGAAUCCAUUAUCAACGCCGAAAGCGGCCUGACCGUGUACAAUCCCUUUCAGAUGCCAUAUUGCUCCGUGUUGUAUGAAAAGAGGGAUGAAGAAGAUAACGAGGUACCCUGCACCAAGGGAGAAUGGGAUAUCUGUAAUCACAAAGAUGAUGAGUCGGCGUGCCAUGGCUGGGAGGGGUUCAACGUCGUCGUCCACAGCCGGGGCGCAAACCAAACCAUGGCUUCGCUGAUAUCCACAUUCGGCAAGCCAGUGGACUUAUUAGAUGAUGUGAGGAAGACUAGCGCAACCCAGGCUCCCUAUGUUAAAGUCAGACAGGCCUUUUUCACCGCCGGUCAAAACCUCGCCAUGGACACUGAACGGCUCAACUGGCACAAAAAGCAGUACAUUUUAGAAAAUGGAAAGGAUUCUCUAGCGACCAUCAGAUAUCUUCGCAUCAAACUGCAGAAAAGCAUCACAGAGUUGGAAAAGGCGACAACGGCAUGGGAGAAGUAUGCAGAGCAAGGCAAGAUGGAGCUAUGCCCAUCCAAAGGAUUCGAGAAGCAUCCCUUUGCCUCGUUGUUUGAAGUCCCACCAAGCGCGGGGACCAGAAUGUCGCCCAACCAAUUGCUCAAGCAUACCGAGCCACUGGACCUUUGUCGGGUCCACGUAGUUGACCACGUCGGUGAAGAUUUGCCGGAAUCCCCUGCCUCGGAAAGCCAUGACGCGGUCAUGACUGGAAUGUAG